AUGGAAACUUUUAAUAAUUAUUGUUCUUAUAAUUUAAUUACUUUGUUCUUUGAUCAGUUUGCAGAUAACAUCUUCAGCAUUUACAAUAACAAUUCGGUGGUGGAGGUUCUGACUGUGAAGACAUUUGAAACGCCUUUUGUUAGAAAAACACGGUCAAUUCUGGAAUCGGUACAGAUCAGUAACCCUGGAAGCCCGUAUAACCUUGCCUACAGUUACAAUUUUGAGUAUUCAGUCAUCUUUAACAUCAUCCUCUGGAUCAUGAUUGCUCUUGCUCUGGCUGUCAUAGUCAUCUCUUAUAACCUGUGGAACAUGGAUCCUGGUUAUGACAGCAUAAUUUACCGGAUGACCAAUCAGAAGAUCCGCAUGGAUUAGUUUUCAGCAUUCUUCACAUUUCCACAUACAACAAAAUAAGGCGGUCUUGUCAGUUACGUGGCAGUAC